AUGUCCUGGCUGCUGCUGUGUCCACUGGUGCUGGGGCUCAGCCUGGCAGAGGGCACCCAGACCCCCAGCAUCUAUGAUGAUGGAGAGAGUACCGGGGGAGGCCAUGAAGGCACUGUGAGUCCCACGGACCCAGCCCAGCUUCACCCACGAGGCUUCCCGGGCAAGUUCUGUGCCAACGACAGUGACACACUGGAGCUCCCCGCCAGCUCUCAAGCGCUGCUGUUGGGGUGGGUCCCCACGAGGCUGGUGCCUGCCCUCUAUGGGCUGGUGGUGGCCGUGGGGCUGCCAGCCAAUGGACUGGCACUAUGGGUGCUGGCCACGCGGGUGCCCCGCCUGCCAUCUACCGUCCUGCUCAUGAACCUCGCGGUUGCGGACCUGCUACUGGCCCUGGUGCUGCCACCACGCCUGGCCUACCACCUGCGUGGCCAGCGCUGGCCCUUUGGGGAGGCUGCCUGCCGGAUGGCCACAGCUGCUCUCUAUGGCCACAUGUACGGCUCAGUGUUGCUGCUAGCUGCGGUCAGCCUGGACCGGUACCUGGCCCUGGUGCAUCCUCUGCGAGCUCGUGCAUUGCGUGGUCGGCGCCUGACCACUGGGCUCUGCUUGGUGGCCUGGCUCUCUGCAGCCACCCUAGCCCUGCCUCUCACUCUGCAGCGGCAGACCUUCCGGCUGGCUGGCUCCGAUCGCAUGCUGUGUCACGAUGCACUGCCCCUGGCGGAGCAGACCUCCCACUGGCGACCGGCCUUCACCUGCCUGGCUGUCCUGGGUUGCUUUCUGCCGCUGCUGGCCAUGGGCCUGUGCUAUGGGGCCACCCUGCGUGCACUGGCGGCCAGCGGCCAGCGCUAUAACCAUGCACUCAGACUGACAGCCCUGGUACUGGCCUCGGCUGUGGCCUCUUUCACACCCAGCAAUGUGCUGCUGGUGCUGCACUAUUCGAACCCAAGCCCCGAGGCCUGGGGCGAUCUCUAUGGAGCUUAUGUGCCCAGCCUAGCCCUCAGCACCCUCAACAGCUGCGUGGACCCUUUCAUCUACUACUACGUGUCUCAUGAGUUCAGGGACAAGGUACGGGCCAUGUUGUGUCGCCGGCCAGAGACCAGCAGCUCUUCUCAGGCCUCCAGAGAGGCUGGAAGCCGAGGGACUGCCAUUUGCUCCUCUACACUUCUGUGA